AUGUAUAAAGAGGAACUUGAGCACAUGCAGCGACUAAUUGAAUAUCAGUUGAUAAGAGGAGGGGCAAUUGUUAUAAGUGGACUUAAUGCACCAAUAGUUAAUGAAAAUUUGACCUUGUAUUGUGCUUUUAAACAAGGUCUUGACAUGGAAAAGUCUGUAACAGAGCUGUUAGAAAAUAUUGUCAACGUCGCAGAAAGUGUAAAUGACUACCAAUGUGCAGAUUUCAUUACCUCCGUGUAUUUAGCAGAACAGAUGGCAUCUAUAAAUGAAUUUUCGCAUCAUAUCACGAACAUGAGCAGGAUAUGUGGUGACGAACAUGCCAUAUACCACUACGACCAAACGUUAUUGAAGUCCUAUCCACAUUCAUUUAACUUCAAAAUGCCAGGGAACUAG